AUGCAGCCGCGGCAGAAUGUCCCUCCACCGCUGGUACCGAGCAACGGGUGGAAGACGACCUCUACGUCUACGGGAAAGCACCUCAUAACCCCAAUAACCGCGGGGUUUUCUGCGCAGUACGAGGCGCCAGAAGCCCAGGGCACCGAGCCACCCCACGACCACUCUGCCGAGCGCUCGAAAUUCACCAACAUGCUACUGCCAUACACCUCGAAGUGGCCCAUAUUACACGCGAUUAUGACGGAGAAGGAUUCAAGGAGGAUCUUCUACUUCAUGAGCCUGAAUUUCUUCUUCAUGACAAUCCAAGCCUUCUAUGGGUAUAUCACAGACUCUCUCGGCUUGCUGAGCGACAGUAUCCAUAUGUUCUUCGACUGUGUUGCGCUUGGUGUUGGUCUGUUCGCUUCUGUAGCGAGUAAAUGGCCGCCGAGUGCCCGCUUCCCCUACGGCUUCGGCAAGAUCGAGACGCUCAGUGGCUUUGCCAAUGGCGUGUUUUUGGUGCUUAUCAGCGUUGAGAUCAUGAUAGAGGCCGUGGAACGGAUCGUCGAGGGCCGGGAAACCAAAAGGCUAGCUGAGCUGUUCAUUGUGAGCAGCCUCGGCCUGGCGGUGAACCUCGUCGCACUCAUUAUGGGGUCUGCCAUACCACUGGUCAAGUCGUCCGCACGGCGACUUCUCCUGACCAUUCCAUACGACAUCGAGUACACUCUCCGGGAGACCAUGUCGGGGAUUCCGGAGCUACGCGGAGUUGCAAGCUACUCGGUACCCAAGUUCUGGAUCGACGACAGGUUCUCAGGCGAAGAUGCGCAAGCUGGCAAGAUGAUGGGCGUCAUGCACGUUGUCGCCGUCCGCGGCGCUGAUAUGGGGGAUGUCCGGGACCGUGUGCGGAAGUACCUUGCGGCAAGGAACAUCGAUGUCACGUUGCAGGUCGAGCGCGAUGGCGACGGCAGCUGUUGGUGCGGCGUCGGGAAGACCCCGCUGAGCCCGCUGACACCCCUAGGAGGUUCGCAGAGCCUGAAGGCGCGCUAG